CGGGAGACACCCAAUUUGCACCAUGGCUUCGCCACUGCCGUGAGGCGAUGCGGACGGAUGUGUGGGCCUACGGGGCGGCUCUGGGCAGCUGCGUGCUGUUCUGCCUCAAUGGCGAGCUUCUGCAGGCGCUGCAGCGCAACGGAGAGGGCGGCCACGCGUCGCCGCUGCUGAAUCUGGUCUUCUGCCACCUCGGGGGCCUGCUGCUGGUGCCGCACUUCGGGUGCGCGAAGGAACCCAAGGAGCCAAGCGCUAAGCGAGCCGCCCACGUGGAGCUUUGGGCGCUGCUCUUUGCCCUGGUGCUGAUGGGCUACAACUACGCCUGGCUGAGCAGCGCCGCGCUGGUGGAGCUGAGCCUCACCAACGCGGUGUUCCAGACCUCCGUGGCGUUGGUCUACAUCUGCAGCGUGCAGCUCUUUGGCGAGGCUGUGUCGGGUGACCGUGUCGUGGGGGUGGUGCUGGCGCUGACAGGCUCCUUCCUGGCCAGCGGCACCAAGCCGGGCCCGGACUCCCACUUCGCCCACCUCGGGGGCUUGUUUCUGGCCUUGUUGGCGGCGGUGGGCUAUACGGCCUACCAGGUGCUGUUCCGCUGGCUGUUCGGCAAGCAGUCCGCGGCCUUCCUCGCGCAUUUCUUCGCCUGGGUCAGCCUUUGGCACCUGUUGGUGAUCCUGCCGGGCGUGUGCUUGGCACAUCUGGCGGGUCUGGAGAAUCUGCAGCUGCCCCACGGGCGCGCGGCCCUGGGCACGCUGGUCUCGGCGCUGCUGGCGUCCGCUGUGAACGUGCUUUAUCUCUGCAUCGUGAUGUGGGGCUCGCCCAUGUUGCUUCCGGGCACUUCCGCUCUCUCAGUGCCCCUGACGGUGUUUUUGGACCUGGCGCUGCACCAGAAGCAGCCGGAGCUGCAGGAGCUGCUGGGCCAGCUGCUGGUGCUCGUGUCCGUGGUGCUGAUCAUGCAGCUCCACAAAGUGGUGCUGCCCAGCAGCUUCAAUCUGAAGGGCGAGCUGAUGUCGCUCUGAAGGACCCUUUCGGAGCUUCGAUUCAAGCCGAGCAAAGCGCUCGGAGCGACGGAACGCACGAG